ACUCCACAAAGGCUUUUGCUUAGCGCGCACUACACACUUGGCAAGCCUUGCUUCUUGCCCACCUCGUCGUCCUCGUCCGACCAACGAGCCACGCUCAUUUCGGCCCUCGCUGCUGCUGCUGCCAUUCCUCUCUGGCCGUGUCUAAUCGCUUUCUCUCCCUCUCCCUCCUUCUCCCUCUCCCCAUCCCCUUCCCUUUCCCUUUCCCCGUCCCUUCCCUUUCCGUGCUGCUGCUGGCGCCAGUCAGUGCCGAUGUCCCGGGCUCUAGAGCCUAGCGCGCUGAAUCUUCUCUUCUACCUACAGUAGCCCCUGGGCUGCCUACAAUUGGGUGCCAAAUUUGGUCUUUGAUGCGGCCUCGAACCAAUUUAACCUACAGGAGGGGUUGGUCCAUUCGGGAGUAUCUUGGUUUGCGGGACCUCGUUUGAUUAGUGUCUGAUCUCGCUGCUCUGGCAAUUGGUGCCGGAGCGUGAUUGUGUGUAGUUUGCAGAUUCCCUGUCGGAGGCUCUGCCCGUGUUGCGUUGCGUUGUGGUUUGGUGUGUAGUGGUGCGGAGUUCCGCAUUGCAUCUCUGGAUGCGAGGGCACCGGAGAGCAGGAGCAUUGGGUCGGGACUGAUUUGAGAUCCUCGGCGGGCCUCGAGCAUCUGGUCGCGGACGGUCGUCAUGGCGGGGAAGGUCACUUCUUCGCUGAAAUUUCUUCUCGGCGGAUUUGUUAUCGCUGUUCUUUGGAUGUCAGCACAGAUGUCGAGAGAAGCGUUAGGAGCGCACAAUCUCUCGAGGACGGAGGACCUUUCGUGGACCGACUGCCUUGACAUGAGUACAGGGUCGGUAGCUUGUGCCGUGAAACAGGUUGCGAAGCUUUACACUUUCAGCAUACGGGGAGGAUACGUGGAGAAAGCCAAAUCAAGAGCAUAUGAAGUUGCUUAUCACAAAUCCAUUACCGAAGGCCUGGCUAUCAACGUAGCUCGAGACAAGGCCACGAAAUUAGGCAAGGAAGCAGGAAAAAUAGCAUCCCGGAAACACAAGCGCAUCACAGGGCCGCUCAUCGCCGGAGCUUGGGAUUUCUUCGAGGUGAUGUAUUACGGGGGAACUCUGGUCGAGGGAUCGAUGAAAGCCGCGGGCACGCUGGGCGGAACGUGGGUAGGGGGAUUUCUGGGAGAAUUGAAGCUCGGCAGGAUUGGGUAUAUGAUUGGAAGCCAAGUGGGAAGCUGGAUCGGAGGAGAAGUAGGACUGAUGGUCUACGAUGUGUGCAAUGGAAUGCGACUGCUGACAGCGGCUGUGACUGACUUCGUGAACGGCGUCUCACCGGAACAGGUCGAAUUCACAGAAGGAGAAACCGUGGACUCUGUUUCAGACUAUCGAUAAGCGUAUCACAUCGUGUCCAACGUAGAGCGUCUGAACCUGAACCUGAAUCGUUGUUUAUCUGGGCCAUCUCCCGACUUUUCACAGUACCUAUCCGAGUCUAGACUCCAAAAGGUGUACAGGCACAAGAAAUCGCAUUCAUUCAUUCGCCUCGGUGGCAUUCCGAUUUCUAUCCACCACCUUGUCUGGCUUGGAGAGGCUAAAUGGUGCCAAAUCUAAAGUAAGCCUCCUGUCUACGUGCACAGAACACACCGCUUUGAGCUGCUUUAGCUGUUUCGUGGAUAUCCUGCGGCAUUCUAGCGUGGUGGAACCAGCCACGUGCGUACAGUUAUGAAAUCUUUGAUCUGCUGCAUCCAGCCAGAUUUUCCUGAACAACUUACUUCGGUUUUCACCAUGUAUCAUUAAGGUCGAGUACAGUUUUUGCAACUUGACCUCGGUGAAAUGGUAAUGCUGUUGAACACUAAUCCUCGCAGAACUUCGGGACAUUUGUUUACCUGUAUAUUAAAUGCUCAAAGCUUCGAAGUGUGCUGCUUGUUGUCAAACCGUUCCUCAUUAGUUCUGGCAAUCUAGUCAUCUCGAGCAUUCAGUGCCUGUAGGAGUAGCUAGCUGUGUCCUAGGCUGUACAGGGAGAACCGUCACUGCUUUGCCCUGAAGGUGUUCCAGACUGAACGAAAUGUAUCUGACCGUGCAAUCAUCAAACAGUCGACAACAAAUUUUCGAGUAAAAGUUGAUGUCAGGAUCAAGAUCAGUUUAGCAGUGGAUUGCAUGUCAUACACCAAUCUAGUGUUGCCAGUUUCAGCUGGAUAUAACGUGUUCACGGUAGCUGGAAUUGAAAGGAGUUUAUAUUGCAGCUUAUGGUGCUAGCUUUCAGUUUCUUGUUAGAUGCGGCAAUAUAUCCAAAGCUGCAAAGCUUGCUCCUGUUCUCGGAGCAGUUUAGUCAGGGAGUCGUAUUCGCUCGUUGAUCAAAGAAUACGGAGAGUUUGACUGUGUUAAGUAGAUCCUUCAGCUUCCAUGUGAUUAUCUCUUUGUCAUACUGAGAGUAUUAAGACGUGUGUCAAUGGCAAAAUGCACACCUUUCAAGUCUUCUAUUUGGUUUGCCG